CUUUCCUCCCCUCACCCGCGAGCAGACGCUUUUUAACACGCGCCCGCCCCAAAUCUGGAAGGCUCUGAAGCAGCCGCUGGCACAGCGAAGGAAGAAUAUAGUGCCUUUUCCCCGAAGUUUGCAGCAAUUUUUUGUGAGAAAACGGAAUUUUCUGAGAAUUUUCAAUGUAACCCAUUGAUUUUAAUUAAAUCAUUGAUUAGAAACUCCUAAUACACUUACCUUGGAAUGAACUGCAGGUAAUCCUGGCCUCUCCACCAUGUUUUUGCAGCGUUCACAAGGUUUACUGAAACUUGCAAGUCUUCAUCUUCGGACCCCCCAACUAAAUCAGUGUUUAACAUAUAAUAGAAAGAGUAUUAGCACCAAAUCGCUUUCUAAAUGUCGAAGGCGAGUAGUUAUCACAGGUAUUGGCUUAGUAUCUCCUCUUGGUGUUGGGACACAAUUCGUAUGGAACCGCCUUCUCCAAGGAGACAGUGGAAUUGUUUCUCUAAAUGGAGAAGAAUAUACAAAUGUUCCAUGUAAAGUGGCAGCAUGUGUGCCAAGGGGAAAUGGUGAGGGUCAGUUUAAUGAAGAAUUAUUUUUGUCAAAAUCAGAGAUCAAAUCCAUGUCUUCUGCCACUAUCAUGGCCAUUAGUGCUGCAGAGCUAGCAAUAAAAGACUCCGGUUGGCAUCCACAGUCUGAACUGGACCGCUUCACUGCUGGUGUGGCUGUUGGAAUGGGAAUGGUUCCACUAGAAGAGAUUUUCAAUACAGCCUUGACAUUUAAGACAAAGGGAUAUAGCAAAGUCAGCCCAUUCUUUGUCCCUAAGAUCCUGGUCAAUAUGGCAGCAGGUCAGAUCAGUAUUAGACACCAACUAAAAGGGCCCAAUCAUGCUGUAUCAACUGCUUGCACUACAGGAGCACAUGCUGUUGGAGAUUCCUUUAGAUUUAUAACUUAUGGUGAUGCUGAUGUGAUGCUGGCUGGAGGAACAGAGGCUUGUAUAAGUUCAUUGUCUUUGGCUGGAUUUGCCAGAGCCCGGGCCCUCAGCACUAAUUUUAACUCAAGCCCUAUGCUGGCAUGCCGACCAUUUGAUUCACAGAGAGAAGGAUUUGUAAUGGGAGAAGGUGCAGCUGUGUUGGUGUUGGAAGAAUAUGACCAUGCUGUACAAAGAGGAGCAAGGGUCUAUGCAGAAAUUUUAGGCUACGGACUCUCUGGUGAUGCUUGCCACAUAACAGCCCCUGAUCCAAAUGGAGAUGGUGCUUUCAGAUGUAUGUCUGCAGCAAUAAAAGAUUCUGGAAUAAGUCCUGAAGAAGUAACGUAUGUCAAUGCGCAUGCCACUUCUACGCCACUAGGAGAUGCUGCUGAGAAUCAAGCUAUCAAGAGACUUUUUAAAGAGCAUGCAUAUAAUCUUGCAGUUUCCUCAACAAAGGGAGCGACAGGACAUCUCUUAGGGGCUGCAGGAGCAAUAGAAGCAGGUUUUACUGCACUAUCCUGUUACCAUGGAAUUUUACCACCAACUCUAAACCUGCAUAACACAGAGCCAGAAUUUGACCUCAAUUAUGUUCCACUAACAGCCCAAGAGUGGAAAAGUGCAAAACGACGCAUUGCUCUCACUAACUCAUUUGGCUUUGGUGGUACUAAUGCAACCUUGUGCUUUAGUAAUAUUUAGUUUAAAAUGUGUAUAAUUACUAUUCAUUUAGAUUGGUGCAUCACCUGAAAAAUUAUUUGCAAUGAUGCAUAACUUGUUGUCCCACAGCAUUUUUACACAAACCAGAACACUUUUUAUUUGCUCACAUUUGAGACUCCUUCCUUCACCCCUCAUUCCCUCUGAUACUUACCAGGUUAUAUUACAGAGUGCAGGAGAAAGCAUAAAAUCAUAUUUUCAAUAAGCAAUACUUAAUGUUGUGUGGUUCCUGGACUGUGCUAUGUGUCUGCAGUUCAUACUCACUUUGCUGGGAAUUCAGGAUGCUCAGCACUUGAGAGGAUUCAGCACUCAUUGUUUAAUUGGUCUGUUCUUUCCCUUACAGUAUUAUUAGUCUUAUUUCAGUUUAAAUGUAACCUUUGAAAUAACAAAUUCAUCACUUCAGCAAUGCUCUCUCUAAAAAUAGUUUUAAAUUCUCUAAAAUACUUUAUUACAAAUAAGUCUACAAAAGUAUAUGCCAAAAUUUAAAAAAGCUUCCAUUUUUCCCCCAGUAAGCUCAGAAAUAUAAAAUGUUUUUUUAAAUGGAAUUGUUCUCCAAAUCAUUUUCAAAGUUUGUCCCAAUUAGAUGGGGAAAAAAAACAGUUUUCAGGUAGUGAGAGACAGCUACAGGGUGUUGAGGCUUAGGCUUUUGUUUGCAUCAAAGCUAAAUCUUUUUACAACAUGAAAAUAGUAACUCAGUUGAAAUGACUUUUCCCCUAAAGGCUAUUAGUGUACAGAGAUAUAUUUUAAUUUAAAGGGUGGGUUAUUCUGUCACUUGCUUGUUUCUUCCUUGAAUAUGUUGGUAACCAUGAUUUUAUUUCACACUGCGAUAGAUAGUAUUUAAAUAAAUAUAUACAAAUUCCCCUGCUGUGUGUACAAUGAAAGCAUUCCAGUCUUUUGCAGUGUGUGACAGCCUAGAAGUAAAGCUUAGCCAUGUUUUAAAUUUUCCAGAAUAAAUGAAAUUCAAAGAAUAAUUAGCAUACAAUAUAAAAACAAAUUUAUGUUAAAAGAUUACAUUUAAUAAUCUCUCUUAUUGCAUGAUCUCAUCCUGCAAUGUGCCUUUGUCUUUGAAAUCCAUGAAUGUUGAAUGUGUACGGUAUGAUAACUGUUAUAGAAUCAUGGGGCAUGCAGGGACUAUUAACUUGAUGUUUUUGUUAGUGAUUAUAUUUCUGGUUUAGUAAUCUAAAAUAAUAUUUCCUACUGGGUUUAGAGACAGUGAAGGUCAUUAAUACAAAUCUCCAGCAGUGAAAUAAGCGGGGAAAAUGUCUCCUGAAUUUUCAUUCUAUACCUCUCCCAGGAAAUUUUUUUACAUGAUUCUAAGGCUAAGUACAGACAGUCAAAAAUCCUGAGGCUGAUUCAAUUCAAUCUUUGCAGAUUAGUCUAAACUGUAGACUAAAUCAAUAAGCAAGUGAACAGUUAUUCUCUUUUGAUUCUGGAAAUGCAGCCACAUGCCCACAGUGGCCCAGGCCAGAAGCCGGGGGGUGCUAGAGCAUGCUUCCCUGUUCAGCUGGAGCAUACAGCUUGGGCCAAGGCUAGCUCACCCAUCCUAUGAGUGGGGCGGGGGGCGUUGCUGGGUUCUAGGAGACUGAGAGUUAACUUGAAUCUGGAGGGGAUCUGGGACAGAAGUUUAAUAAACCAGUUUAAACUAAAUCAAUUAAGUCUGAUACUACAUCCAUCCAGGUUUAUCUUGAACUGGUUUGGGCCUUUUUGAGAGUGGUUUAUGUGCACUGAACUUCUGUUGUGUUACAGACAGCUUUGAAAGGUUUCCAGUCACUUAUACCAGUUUGUGUGUCACUUCUGUUCCUAGCCUAGAUUACUAUAAUGACAAAUAACACAAACUAAGUAAAAUGACAGUCCUGGCUUGGGGUGAGUCUCAGUCUAUGGCAAGUAUAAGAUUGUUACCAACCUGCUGGGGUUGCCAUGUGGAUGAUGGGUGACUGCCUUGUGGGUUAAAUAUAUUUGUAAGUUCUUCAGUGUGUUUGAGGAAUACACUUUUUAUCUGAAUUUUUUUGUUCUCAAUGUAGAGUACUUUGCUUUAUAAAAACGGAUGUACCCUGUCCUUGUGUCUGAGAGCUGUGCUGCAGAUUUGAACUGGAGUUAGAUUUGCUGAGGUGUUUAUAAUGCAUGGCGGGGGGCUGCAGCCUCAAGACCUCAAUGGAGAGGAUAACUGGUAUCCCAUCAUAUGAAAGGUGACAGCAGAAGAACAGAAUCCUUAUGUGGGUUGCCAUGAAGGGGACCAUGAAGGUGUCAGUAGCUACUGUCAGCUUGGAAAACUGAGGCACUCAGUACCUUGUGAUUUAGGGUGUAUGGAAAAGUUUUUAUUUUCUAAUAAUAAUUCAGAUGUCUUGACAGUGUUGCAUUAACUUCAUAAGAUGAGAUACUUGAUUCUUCAGAGGGAAUCCAUGGCAGGAAGCACCUGGUCUAGUCUCUGAGUGCUGCUAUGCUAAGCAACCCUUCAAAGACAGACAUCAGAUGAAAAUUUUCCAUAAUUACAUAGAAGUGCAUAUGUGGGAGUAGUAACAUGAUGCAGCUCAAUCAAAUAUGCAUCUGUCUUGUGCAGAUUUUUAAGCAGUCCAACAUUGUACAAGUUGACUGUUGCCCAUAUUCAUGUCAUCUGUUUCAUAAGAAGACAUAAAUAAAGAUUCUUGAAUCUGUUCCCAUAAUAGGUUACACAUUUAUUUUAAUUUAUGACAUUUUACAGAAACUUAGCUGACAUUUGGCAAAUUAUAUAACUAAUAUAUGAAAAGAGACAGAGCAACAGUUUAAAGAGGAAUGCCUAGGUGGCAAAUGAGCUGAAGCACAGAGUAGAAGUGACAUUUUUAAUAGGCCAUCAAUGCACAACACAUGAUGAUGUGCCCAGACAUGCUGUGAAGAAGACAACCUAUCUGACAUAUGCCAACCUUACCUUAACAUCUGUCCCAAUCUAGCAUACUGACAGAAUUUAUUUUGUUGUACUUAAACAGUAAUAAAAAUCCCAUUACUUUUGUAGUUUUGUAGUCCCAUUCCUUUUUGCCUAAACCAAGAUUAGAAGCAUGACAUCGUAAGAUGAAAAGCUAUUUUUUUUUUUAAGAGGAAAUGCAUCAAAAUGAAAAUAUCGUAUUGAAAUAAUAUGCUGAGGUUAUAGCUACUCGGUUAUCUCUUACUUGGUUAUAUCAUUCUGAGCUUAUGGCUUCUGUGAACAGCUUUGUUCUGUUAAAAUGAAAUGCAUGUAUAUGGUUUCAAGAAAAUGUUUUCCUUUUUACCCUCACCUCUCAUGUUAUUAUUAAAAUACUUGAGCACCAAGACCUUUCAGAAAGCAA